AAACACUCAAAGCUCUACUGUGCUCUGUCUUCGACUCUUUUUUGUCUUCACGAAUCAUCAUCUGCAAUCCACCCAACCUUCUCCUCUAAUUAGGUAAUCUGCAAAAAGGGACACUCAUUUGUCUCAGAAAUGAGCCCAACUGAUUAUACUGCAGAAGUUACAAGUUUGUCAUCUAAAGCGACUGAGAAGGAUGUCUUUGAUUUUUUUUCUUUCUGUGGUGCAAUUGACCAUGUUGAAAUUGUCAGAGCUGGUGAGCAUGCAUCCACGGCCUAUGUGACAUUCAAGAACCCCCAUGCUUUGGAAACUGCUGUCCUGCUCAGUGGAGCUACUAUUGUGGAUCAACCUGUUUGCAUAACCCGAUGGGGACAUUACGAAGAUGACUAUGAUAUGUGGAACCGUUCUACAUGGAAAAUUGAAGAAGAAAGCAGUUCAAGUGACUCUCGAGCCCCUCGAGCUGUUCCCUCUGCUGGGGAAGCCGUAUCUCUUGCUCAAAACGUGGUGAAAACAAUGGCAGCUAAAGGAUACGUGCUGGGAAAAGAUGCGUUUAGCAAGGCAAAAGCCUUGGACGAAUCCCAUCAGGUAUCAGCAACAGCAGUAGCCAAGGUUGCUGAGCUGAGUGAAAGAAUGGGGCUAACUGAUAAGAUAUUUGCUGGGGUUGAAGCAGCGAAAUCCGUGGACCAAACAUACCAUAUCACAGAUACUACAAGAACGGCCAUAUCUGCAACCGGAAGGACUGCAGCUUCUGCUGCAAAUGCUGUCAUUAACAGUAGUUACUUUGCCCGAGGAGCUCUAUGGGUAUCGGGCGCUCUGAGCAGAGCUUCUCAGGCCGCAGCCAACAUGGGUGCUCAUGGUGUCAACAAAUAGGAGCUGCCUGUUGUUCGUAUGUCUCCUUUGUUAUCUAUAUGUAUCAUCGAGUGUUAUGGAACUCCUGUGACAUCAUAAUAUUACAUCUAAGUUAAAAUGCAGAAAUAGGAACUUUUUGUUACAACUGAUAUACAUCUCCACACACAUGCACCUGAAAAUGCAGAAAAUACGGGAUUUCACUACUAAUUCUUCAAGGCGUUUAGUGGAAGGAAUUUAUUUGUAGUGAAGGUUCAAACUUUCCCCGUGUCCGGCUAUCUAUCGGUGAGUUCACGUCUCCCUUAGAUAAAAAGGCACCUCUAUAUGUAAAGUACUAGUAUAGUUACUACCUCUAUUUAAUAACAUAAAUGUAGUUGGAAAUAUUACUACUACUAUGGAGGAGUACAUUUUAUUGCAUCGUUA